AUGGACAACAUCAACAAGGCUCAUGAAGAGGGAGCUGUAAUCGGCCUCCAUGAGGUUGCAGGUGUAGGAGAGCGCCUUGACAUCGACGUUAUGUUGAUGACGCAGCCGGACACCUUCAAUCUGUUUCUCAUCGCCUUGAUGGAGCUUCAGGACAUGAAGAAGGAGGAAAUAACAUGGAAACCUGGCCCUGGCUAUUCCUUCACCUCGGAUGAUAUCAUGUCUUGGUACCAGAUUGCAGGUAUACAUGGGCUGCCAGCCGAAGACUGGGCUGGAGAAGAGGACCGUGGGAAGACAAAGCGUGAUAUCGCGAGAGAUGGCGAUGGCUACUGCGCCCAUUCCACCCCAACCUUCGCGCUGUGGCAUCGACCUUACCUUGCCAUGCUUGAGCAAACCAUCUUUCGUCAAAUCGAUAACAUCGCCAAGCGAUUUUCUGAGUCUUCUGAAGUGUCAGACGAAGAUAAGCAGAAAUACAAGGCUGCUGCUAAGAAUUUCCGACUUCCGUACUGGGACUAUUUUCGCCCCAGAGGAGGGCCUGUUACCUUCCCAGGAGUGGUUGAUGGCACCACAACAACAGCUCCAUAUGACUUUCAUGCCCCGAGGAUCUUUACGGAGAAGAGGGUCAUGGUCAAGCGUCUCCCUGACAACAAGCUAAUUGAAAUGCCCAACCCUUUUUUCCAAUUCGAAUUUGACAAGAAGGGCUCGGACAGGAUUGACUGGAGGUAUUCUAAGCUCGAUCUCAACAAGCUACGCGAUGCCAAAAGUCGAACAUGCCGUCACGGAGGCUCCGAGCCGGAAAAUACCAUCCUCCUUAACAGGCUUCUGAAUUCAGUUCGAGAGGAUCAGACGCGUGUCUGUCUCGCCCUGAUCGAGGAUAAGGCCUACAGUAACUUCAAAGCGUUUUCGACUGACGGCGUCAUGGACCCUAACAUUGAUCCCAUAAAAGCCCUGAGAAGUAGCACUGGAUCGAUCGAGGGGUUUCAUAAUGCCUAUCACGGGCACAUCGGUGGAUUCGCAGGAGACCCGAAGGAUGAACUUCGAGGUGGACACAUGGGCAGCGUUCCUGUGGCUGGGUUUGAUCCCAUCUUUUGGAUCCAUCAUUGUCAAAUUGAUAGAAUACUCGCUAUCUGGCAGGCUGCCAAUAGUGAUGAUGGCGACAAGCAUUGGUUCAAUGAGUUGGCAGGUACGGAAUUCCAAGCUUUGGGCGGUGCAAGCCUUCACCCAUUCCGCAAGUGGCCUAUCAAACCGGCCAAAGAAGACAGGUAUUGGACUUCUGAUUCAGCCAAGUACACUGAUACAUUCGGAUACAUGUAUUCUGAAACUGCCGGUGGAAGGAAAGGCGAUCAAGUUCGUAAUGAGUUCACGCGGAAAUAUGGCUGGAGCCGAAGACUCGAUGUCAAUGAAGACAUCGGGGUACCGCCAGAGGACAUGCAGCCUCUAGACGUCUCUAAAGCUCAAGUCUUCCUUGGCUUGCCUUCUGAGGAUCUAUUCAGGCCUCUGAUCCCGCCGCCAAUCCAGCCAAGCAAGGAGCAAAGUGUUCUGGCAGCGUCAACCCCAUCCUCCAAGUUCUCCCAAGAGUGGUACAUCGAUGUCGUUGUCGAGAGGAUGGCUUUGAAUGGAUCUUACACCAUUUUCUACAUCAUUGGUGAUGUUGACGGCCAUUCUGGUAUGGAAUGGUCUUCCCUCCCAGGCUUUGUUGGAGUUUCGCAUAUCUUUACUUCCAGCUCCGAGAUUUGCGAGAACUGCGCAGACCAGGAGCGUCAAGUCCAGCUUGUUACUAGCACCACUCCCAUGACGUCUCUGCUACUUGAUUACGUCAAAAUCCAGCAGUUGGGUAGUCUGGCCCCAGAGGAUGUUGAGCGAUUCCUCAUCGAUAACUUGAAGUGGCGCGUUCAGACCAUUGACGGCAAGGUCAUUGACCCUAGAGACUUGGAUAGAGAUCACACAAUGAAGCUCAGUAUCAGCCGCAAGAUUGCACCCAUGCCUGGACAGGAUGGAGAGGUUCGGUACACCUUCCAUCCUGAGAUCAUCGACACCAUCAUCAACAACUCCUCACCCGAAAUGACAUCCUUGCCUAGUCAGUAG